UGUUGGGACUAUAUAUAUUUAAGAGUACGCAUCAGACAUUUCAUCAUUGUACCGAUAACAUAUCUUCGUUGGUAAAGAUAAAUUCGCAGUACAAUGUCACAACAACCUCGUCCAGCAUGGGCUCGUUUGCCUUUUAUGGCUCGAGCUGCACCUGCAGCCCCAAUUGCGCAGCCAACAACCACUCCCGCACCACCUCCAACCCAAACCCCACGGCCACGGGCACCAUUUGGUCAGCUGGGGAGGACCCCAUCUGCGGUGGCUCAGAUAAGUCAGUCUCGGGAGCCUACUCCUCCGCCUCCACCAGCUGCACCGCCAACAGCCCCUCCUGCUGCUGCACCACCUUCGCCGAUUAGAUCUCCACGGAGGUCCCCUGUUACACCACCAGUGCCUGCACCUUCUACCCCAAGAAGGUCUCCAAUUUCGGCACCCCCAACUGUAGCCCCUUCACCAAAGCCUUCGGCUCCAUCGCCACCUCGGGAGACCACUAUUUCUUCAACGACAAAAUCCCCAAUCAUCAAUACAAAGUCAAAUUCUCCUAUCCCAAAAGAACCAUUACCAACUAGCACAAAUGUUAGAGUUCCAUCUUCUCCAAUUCGCGAAUCUCCUAAAACGAAAACUCAAUCUCCAUCCUCUUCAAUGCAAGCGUCUCCAGUGCCUAAACCAGUUGUAACUGCGGCUCCAGAAUCAUCUCCAAAAACAGUCCAAGCAAUGGAAAAAACUCCAGUCCAAUCUCCUAAACCGAAGCCGGUGGCUCCCCCUCCAUCUCCAUUCACACUGCCUCCCUCUCAAUUAAAGUUAGACAGCAAGCGCGAAUCAGAGAUACCUACUAAAGUGGACCAAAAAGACGUCCUGGUUCAAGAAACCAUUGAAAAAUUUCCAAAGCUGAUGCAAUCAAAUUCCCAUAACAGUAGCAUUGCUUACAGUGGAUGGAAAGAAUCACCAAAAGCAAAAGUUCCUAACAAGAAGACAUCUGAUUCUGAAAAGUUGGGUAUGAGUAUGAUAACACUUGCAGGAGAUAACCAAGGAGCUGUAAUGGAAUUGAGUCCUUCCCGCAACAAAAAUCAUUCUAUAACCAACCCUCAAAGCCUUCACAAGAAUGGAAAUCUUGCAAAACCCGAAGGCGAAAAAUCUAGCAGCCAUGAAGAAGGAAGAUCAAACAAGGAGAAAAAUAAGAAGGCAAUGGCUAUGCAAUCACCACCAACGACAGCUUAUGUGAACAGCAACGUUCAGGGAGUAAACAAUUCCAUUUUCUUCAAUAGUUCUUUCACUCAUCAAAAUCCAGGAGUCCAUCUUUCUAUCAACAGGAAGGCUAAUGAAGGCAACGGAAUUCACUUCAAGGAUCACAAAGCAUAAUAACUAAUCACAAAGCAAAAUAAAAAAGUAAAAUCGAAAAAUGGAUGGUUUCACUUCCAUGCUUUACAGCGUAUCAGCUUUUUGUGUUUCAUUCUGAAAUAUGCCAUGUAAUAAAACUAGAUUACUGAAUGAGUUAUUGAAAUUAAAGGGCAUGUAUUCUAAUUCUCCAACUUCCAAUUCAGUUCUAGUGUUUAAUUUAGUGGAAAACAAAAGAUAUGCAUGAUUUGGGAUUUAAUAAAACUGAGAUUUAUUGAGCAAUA